AUGGGAGAAGUCCAAAAGGGUUUGUUUUCAGUCAUCGAGAAGCUAAAGGGAACUACAGAGCAAGAGCUUCGGAUAGUCCUUCUUGGUCUGGAUAAUGCUGGAAAAACCACUUUGUUAAAACAACUUGCCUCUGAAGACGUGAACACCAUUACACCGACUCAGGGUUUUAACAUUAAAAGUGUAACUUGUGAUGGCAUGAAGCUGAACGUGUGGGACAUUGGAGGGCAGAGGAAGAUUCGCCCCUUCUGGAAGAAGUACCUAGAAAACACUGAUUUACUGAUCUACGUGAUUGAUAGUGCAGACAAAAAGAGAUUUGAGGAAACGGGACUGGAGCUGUCGGAGCUCAUUGAUGAGGAGAACCUGAAAGGUGUGCCAUUGCUCAUCUUUGCCAAUAAACAGGAUUUGGCCACAGCCUCGCCAGCCAGUGAAAUCGCUGAAGGUCUCAACCUGCACACAUACCGGGACAGAGAGUGGCAGAUCCAGGCCUGUUCUGCUGUAUCUGGAGAGGGUGUACAGGACGGCAUGAACUGGAUCAGCAACAAUAUUGUAAAUAAGAAGAAAUGA